CUUCUCCAACACAGCCAGCUCUCCGGGAUCAGUAAGUUUGUGCACAGGGAUGCCUGAAAAUGCCAGUCCAUUGGAUUUACCCAAUCUUCCUGAUCCUGUACGCGCUCACGCCGAACAUGGCUUUGCGGAAUUACCCUGAAAAUGAAGUGACACUCCUGGACUCCAUGUCAGCGCUGGGGGACCUGGGCUGGGAGGCCUACCCUGCCGAGGGGUGGGAGGAGAUCACGGUGAUGGACGAGAAGAACACGCCCAUGCGCACCUACCAGGUGUGCAAUGUGAUGGAGGCCAGCCAGAACAACUGGCUGCGGACGGGGCACAUCGGCCGUCAGGGCGCCCGUCGCGUCUACGUGGAGAUGAAGUUCACGUUGCGCGACUGCAACAGCCUGCCGGGCGUGCCAGGCACCUGCAAGGAGACCUUCAACCUGUACUACCACGAGUCAGACAACGGGGGGCUGCGACACGUGCGAGAGAGCCAGUACACCAAGAUCGACACCAUCGCCGCCGAUGAGAGCUUCACGCAGACCGACGUGGGCGACCGUGUCAUGAAGCUCAACACAGAGGUGCGGGACAUCGGUGGGCUCACCAUGAGGGGCUUCUACCUGGCCUUCCAGGACGUGGGUGCCUGCAUCGCCCUGGUCUCCGUGCGCGUCUUCUUCAAGCGCUGCCCGCACGCUGCGCACAACCUGGCGCUCUUCCCCGACACGGUGACGGGCGGCGACUCAGCUCUGGUGGAGGUGCGCGGCUCCUGCGUGGGUGACGCCCAGGAGCUGGAACCACCCCGCAUGUUCUGCGGCGCCGACGGUGGCUGGCUGGUGCCCAUCGGCCGCUGCGUCUGCAAGCCCGGCUUCGAGGAGCGAGAGGGCCGCUGUCAACCCUGCAGGCCCGGCUUCUACAAGGCCUCGUCCCUGGAUGCCCUCUGCUUCAAGUGCCCCCCGCACAGCCACUCCCCCCAGGAGCAGGCUGCCGAGUGCCCCUGUCUGGAGGGCUUCCACCGGGCCGAGACGGACCCCCGCUCCAUGGCCUGCACCCGACCCCCGUCGGCGCCCGAGAGCCCGGUCUCCACCGUGAACGAGACGUCGGUCGCUCUGGAGUGGGCGGCUCCGCGGGACAGCGGCGGACGCUCCGACGUCACUUACAACGUACACUGCAGCUGGUGCCCAGGCAGCGGGGGGGCAUGCCUGCCCUGUGGGGGUGGAGGGGGCAUCGCCGGGGGGCCCCACUUCCUCCCACGCCAGUUGGGGCUGGCCUCCCCCCGCGUGUUGGUCACCGACCUCCUUCCGCGCACCAACUACACCUUCAGCGUGGAAGCGCUCAACGGAAUCUCAGACCUGAUCCCUGGGCCCCGAAGGAUGGUGUCCGUAAAUGUCACCACCCGGCAGAAAGUGAGCGUGGUCCUCAAGGAGAGGAGAAGUAGAGACAGUGUCACCCUGGCGUGGCAGGAGCCUGACCGCGCUCUUGGAACCGUCUUGGACUACGAGGUCGUCUACUACGAGAAGAAUCAGCGGGAGCAGAACUACACAGUCCUGAAGACGCGGUCCAACAUCAUGACUGUGGACGGUUUGAAGCCGGGCACCGCCUACGUGUUCCGGGUGCGGGCGCGCACGGACGGCGGAUACGGCGUCUACGGGGGCGAGAUCGAGCUGGAAACCAGCCACGAGGACGUGCUGGCUAUCGGAGACCCUGGGCAGACCAGUGUCCUCGCCAUGUCCGUCGCCGGCGGAGUUGUGCUGUUUGUGCUCCUGGUCACCUGCUUCAUUGUCAGCGGCAGGCACUGUGGCUACAUCAAAGCAAAGCAGGAUCCCGAGGAGGACAAGAUGCACUGCCAGCAAGGGGGAGGUCAGAUCCCAGGCAGCAGGACCUACAUACACCCCCACACGUACGAGGACCCCAACCAGGCCGUCCGUGAUUUCGCCCAGGAGAUUGAGGUGUCCAGCAUUCGCAUCGAGCGCGUCAUCGGGGCUGGCGAGUUUGGGGAGGUGUGCAGCGGCUGGCUGCGGCUGCCGAGCAGACGGGAGAUCUGCGUGGCCAUCAAGAGCCUGAAGGCUGGCUACUCGGAGCAGCAGAGGCGGGACUUCCUGGGCGAGGCCAGCAUCAUGGGCCAGUUCGACCACCCCAACAUCAUCCGGCUGGAGGGCGUGGUCACCAAAUGUAAGCCUGUGAUGAUUAUCACAGAGUUCAUGGAAAACGGCUCUCUGGACACCUUCCUGAAGAAACACGAUGGGCAGUUCGCGAUCAUCCAGCUGCUGGGCAUGCUGCGUGGCAUCGCCGCUGGCAUGAAGUACCUCUCCGAGAUGAACUACGUGCACCGCGACCUCGCUGCCAGAAACAUCCUGGUCAACGGCAACCUGGUGUGCAAGGUGUCCGAUUUUGGCCUGUCACGGGUGCUGGAGGACGACCCCGAGGCUGCUUACACCACAAGGGGAGGAAAGAUCCCCAUCCGGUGGACAGCGCCCGAGGCCAUCACCUACCGGAAGUUCACGUCGGCCAGCGACGUGUGGAGCUACGGCAUCGUCAUGUGGGAGGUGGUCUCCUACGGCGAGAGGCCCUACUGGGAGAUGUCCAAUCAGGACGUGAUAAAGGCCAUCGAUGAAGGGUACCGCCUGCCCGCCCCCAUGGACUGCCCGCUGGUGCUGCACCAGCUCAUGCUGCACUGCUGGGAGAAAGGGCGCAGCGAACGGCCCAAGUUCUGCCAGAUCGUCAACACCCUGGAGCAGCUGAUCCGCAGCCCGGGCAGCCUGAAGCAGCUGGCGAACAGCACCAUCUGGCAGGACCCCAGCCUGACCGAUCUCGGCACAAGCACUGUGGACGAGUGGCUGGACUCUAUCAAGAUGGGCCAGUACAAGGAGCACUUCUCCAGCUCGGGCUACGUCACGCUCGACUCUGUGCUCAGCAUGGACGCCAGUGAGCUGGGGAACAUGGGAGUGACGCUGGCAGGACAUCAGAAGAAGAUCCUCACCAGCAUCCAGAGCCUGCAGAGCGAGCAGGAGCCUCAGGUGCACGUAUAACCUCCAGCCAGUCCGCGUCCUCCUGCUCCGCCUCUCCUGGGUGGACUGUGGCCUCAAAACUGUGCAAACAGCCACCCAGACCCCCCCCACCAGCACUGGAGCAGGAUGAGGGCGAGAAGGGUCCACCUCGGAGGGACAGUUGGGGCGGUGGAAAUGGCCAACAUGGAGGCACGUGUACAGAAGAAGAAGACAGACUGUAUCGUAGCUUCAUUCCAUGGUUUUUUGUUCAGCCAUUGUUUUUCUUUGUGGUCUACACCUUGGUGUCAGCCGUGGCACCACAAAGCCAAUGAGAGGCCACCGCCUCAUGUGGCAGCCAGUAGGCUUUCAUGGACGAACACCCGGACGCUGUCCUGCACAUCCGGUCGUAGGCGUUUCGCGUGUUCUCCGUUUGCCGCAACAGGAGGUGUCGGCGUGGUCCAGGUGGCCAUGACAAAGAGUGGCACGGUCAAUGUUCCUGGGUUCCGAAAACAAAAGAGAGGGAUCCAAUGGACCAAAUUUGGGCCAUGUAGCUGAGAUUUCACCCCUCUGUGGUCUCACUGAACUUCUCCAGCAGCCACAUUGGCAGGGCGUGACCUGUCUACUGGGAAGACAGCGGUUCCGUGCCGGGGUAACGUCAGGAAAACGAAGUUGUCGGCAACAAAGUCAGCAGGACGUGCUUUGAGCCAUGUCCAGGUGGUGACCUUCUCCAACGGGGAUUUUUCACAUCGGACCCUUCAGCCAGCUAAACUGCUCGGCACGUAAAAAAAAACGAAUGUAACGGACGACCACCUCGCUGCAAUAUCGAAGGAAUGCCUGUGCGUCACAAAGGAAAAUCCGGCGCACUAAAAAUGUAUUUCUCAUUGUAUGUCAAAAUAUGCUCCUCCUAUUGGAAAAAUGUAAGCCGCCACUGCGAGUUGAAACUUGUGCAUAUGGUGCGCAGUGCGAUCAGUGAGCUUAGUGAGUUCUCCUAUGUAUUUAGUCAUUCCUUAACUAAACGGAUGUGUAUGAAAGUCGUUGACCCUUCUCCUGAUAACCGCCGUAUGUUUUGACAUAUGUCGACAAUACAUUGGUGAUGCUCGCUAA